AUGCCUGGAUUCUACGGCCCCCGCUGUCAGUACUACAAUAGCUCCAUGGCCUGCCAGAAUGGGGGCACCCCCGUCGGAAGAGACUGUGUCUGUCUCCCCGAUUACUACGGCACCCGGUGUGAAUCCUCUAACAAAACCACCACGGCAACCCCUGUCACUAUGACUGCAAUCAGCACCACUAUCCGGAGCACAACAACCACCAACACCAUGCAGAGCAGCACCAUCCCCACCAGCGCCAGCGCCAGCACGACCACCACCACCAUUCCCACUACCACCACCACCAUGACCCCAGCACCCUGCCAGAAUGGGGGCACUCAUAAUGGGAUCAAAUGUAUCUGCCAAGAUGGUUACUAUGGCUCCCAGUGUGAAAAGAGCAAAUGCCAGAAUGGGGGCACUUGGAUCAACGGUGGCUGCCUAUGCCUGUCCAGCUUUCAGGGUCCUGCAUGCGAAUAUGCUUCUGAAGUCAUCGAGGUCGAAGCCGAGGUGAAUGUAACAGUGGACGUGAAGCUGCAGAUCACCAGCCACAAAUUCACCCCUGAGCUGAAGGACAACACAACUCAAGAAUACAAAAAGUUUACCUUGGACUUCAAACAGCAGAUGAAGUUGGUUUACAGCAACAUCGCAGGGUACAAAGACGUGGUGAUCCUGAAACUGACGCAGGGCAGCGUCGUGGUGGAUCACAUUGUCAUCCUGGCUUUACCCGUCACCGAGGAACUCAACACGAAGGUUGAGAAUGUGGCUGAGCAGCUGAAGACACAGAUAGAGAAGGCGGCUGAGAACCAGAACUGCAACAGCAGCUCCUCCAUGAUGUGUUUCAACGCCUCCUCCGCUGAUGUCUCAAACGGGACAAUGCCAAAGUUCAACGGCACCGAGUACUGCCAGAAAGCAGCCCCAGAAGGCUACGGGCAGUUCUACUUCCCUAACCUCACCAAGUCUGGCCUCUCCUGCAUCUCCAACUGCACCAAGAGCAUGCCUGGCUUCAUUAACUGCAACUAUGGGCAGUGCCAGCUGACGCGAGCCGGCCCCCAGUGCAUCUGCUCCGAGACGGGCUUGUACUGGUACCCCACAGAGCGCUGCGCCACCCGCAUCAGCAAAUUGGCUGUUGGUCUGGGCAUGGCCAUCGCAGUGCUGGUGAUCGUGAGUGCCAUCCUUGGUGUCUUUCUGUUCAGAGCCAAGAGGAUGAAAACCCAGCUCAGCCUGCACUUGGAUGAUGACACCGAGAAAUGGUACGAGAACGACUACACCGAAUGGAACACUGCUGGGAGCUUCUGCAUCAGGAACGAAGGAGCCAACUUCGACAAAGGUUCGGACAGCACCAACUCCUUCAAGGUUAACAUGGAAUCCAUCGACAGCUCUCUCCCGGUGCACAUCCAGAGGCCGGAGAUUGUUGUGACCCAGCUGUGA